CGCAGGUUGUGUGAUAAUGCUCUCCGGCUUUUACCGACAGUAUCAAAAUGGAGCUCGGCGAGCCAGUGUUGUGUGCGGAGUAUCGUAUGUAAAUUUUGUUCUCGGGCGGUAUCCGGCCCAAAUAGGAAAUUGUCCGUCUGCUUCGUUGAGCGAUAUUUUUGUAAGGAUACACACAGUGUGGAAUAUUUGUUACAGUGAUUUGAAUGAGUUUUGAAAAUUAGUGAUUUGAAGUGUUAAUUGUGCCACCAAUUGAGGAAGCCGGAUUAGCUUAAAUCGAUGGCCAAUAAUUUUGGGUCGAUUCCACCUUAGAACAAAAUAUUAUUAAGAUACCAGAAGUUGAAAUACAUGAACUCAUCUUCAUGGCACAUAUGUUCGAAUUACGGACCAAAUAGUUAAGAAAAUUUCUGUGAUAUUUAUAGUUAUAUCAUUUAAUCUCAUCGCUGUAAUUAGUUUUGUGGUGUGUGGUAUACCGUAGCGAAUGUGUAGUUCGUAUUUAGUAUCAACGGUGUUUUCCAUAAAUUGAUGUUAAGGACAAAACGUUAAAUCGGUGUUUAAUUAAUUAAAUAGUGUAAAGACGCGUUUAUUAUAAUGGAAGAUUCGCCAGGCGUCGAACGUCAACCGCGCGUUAUUCAAGUGACAACUAAACCAGACGCGCCUCGUGCUCAGUCGGUCCAGCCUGUAGCAGUUGUAUCGCGAACGCCGCGACCAGAUGCCUUGGGUGCAGGCGAAAGGUCGGCACCCGCGGUUCCUGUCGGUAGUCCAGGAUCGCCGACCGACGACGCUCAGCCGAGCGUCUCGGCAACCGCGAUUGUUAACCCUUGUUCAUCGUCUUCGCCACUAAUUCUUGCGGAAAGGUUCUUGGUUUUGGAAACUCUAGAAGGCAGUACACUUAGAAGGUGCAUUAACCUGGACACGCAGCAAGAGAUGGUCUGCAAGGUCGUUCCCAGGAGCUGCGGGUCAGCUCUUCUAGGAGUGCAUUUCCUGCUGCAGGAAUUGGAGCACGUUUCACAUCCAAGAGAGGUGGUUUUAGGUCCAGGAAGGGCUUAUCUAUUGUUCGAUAAAGCUCAAGGCGGUGAUUUACAUUCACACGUCCGAGCAAGGCGGAGAUUGAGGGAACCCGAAGCUAGAAGGCUGUUUCGUCAAAUGGCAACUGCGGUUAGGGAUUGUCAUAAACUAGGAGUUGUUUUGAGGGACCUUAAGUUGAGGAAAUUUGUAUUCGCGGACGAACAAAGAACAAAAUUGCGGUUAGAAUCAUUAGAAGAUGCAGUAGUAUUAGAAAAUCCACAAUUAGAUUGCUUGAGGGAUAAGCGUGGUUGUCCAGCGUACGUGGCGCCUGAAAUAUUAAGGGCGCAUCGAGACUACUCGGGCAGGGCUGCGGACAUGUGGAGUUUAGGCGUCAUAUUAUACACGAUGCUGGUUGGCAGAUAUCCGUUUAACGAUUCAGAACAUGCGUCGUUAUUUGCAAAAAUAACCCGCGGGGUCUUUGUGAUACCAGACUGCCUCAGCGCUAAGGCUCGUUGCCUGGUCAGGUCGCUCCUUCAGAGAUCUCCCUGCGAUCGGCUCAGUGCUGAAGAUGUUCUUCACCAUCCAUGGUUAAUAAAUGAAGAACGCCAGGAAAUCCAAUUCUCGAGGAAUAACUCAGAUCAACAAGUACCAGAUUUCGACCCCUACGAUUUUAACAUGGAUUCUGACGCCAUGGACGUCGAUUGCUGAAUCAGUUUUUUUCACAUAAUUCAGAAAUAAGAUGUUAAAAGUGAUAGGUAAUAUAUAGCAUGUGAAGAAGAAAGUUAAGUUAGUAGGAGACAUGAUUAUGAAGAAUGUAGUGAUAAUCUAAAAUUUUCUUUCUGUUUGGUUCCAAACAGUACAAGUCUAAGCGACUUAACAAGAUGGAUCUCAAUUUUGUUUUUAAAUGAAGAUAAAAUUAUAAGGAGGACUUACAAAUGAUCUUAGACUUCAAGAAUAGUGUGAAGCAGGAUAAGCAUAAAAUCUUGUUACAAAUAAUAUGAUUAAUGUGAUCAUGACUAACUCAUUUUCUAGAAGCUAAGAUUUAUAUAAUAUUCGUGCAAUAUUUGAAAUUCAAAAUAGUUCAUAGUAAAUAUGUCUCCUACUAUUAAUAAAAAAAUCACAUCUGAAUCGUACCUACGUCGAUUUAUUAAGAAAUGUCUUUGUCAUUAGAGAACAAAAACUUUUGUUGUUAUUAAUUUUGUUUGUUUUUAUAUUAUGUUUUAUAAGAAAUCAAUUUGUUUCUUUGUAACUUGGUUUAGUUUCUGUUGUAAA